AUGGGUUUGGGUGUUACACCUAGUAAGAAGGCUAACCCACCAAAGGAAGGGAGGAAAACCUCAACCCCUGCCAAGAAAGCUGUGAAGUUUGGACCACCUAGAAGUGCCAGCAAGGUCACUACUUCUGGCAAAGAAAAGAAAAACUUGAAAAGGAAAGAACCUGUGUCUAGUGAGUCUGAAUUUGAAGAGGAAAUUGUCAAAACCACAACUGGUGGAUCUUCAAGAAAAACUGUAAAGGGAAGAAAAGUACCAUUGAAUGUGCCCUCUGCACCUCUUGAUAAUGUUUCCUUCCACUUUGAAGAUGGUCCAACCAGGUGGAAAUUUGUGUUUAAUAUAAGACUUUCAGUAGAGAGGAAUUUGAGUAAAGACUUUCUACAGUGCAAGGAGCUUAUGGAAUUGAUCAGUGCUGCAGGCUUGAUGAAAACAGUGAAAGCCCUUGGGGUGUGUUAUGAAAAGCUAGUCAAAGAGUUCUUAGUGAACAUAGGAGAAGACUGCAAUGAUCCCACAAGCCCUGAGUUCAGAAAAGUCUUUGUCAGAGGAAGGUGUGUAAAUUUUUCCCCAUCUGUUAUCAACCAAUACUUGGGAAGAUCAAUAGAUGAGAUUGCAGAUAUGGGAGUUAGUCAGGAUGAGGUAUGCAAGACCAUUACAGGAAACUCUAUACAAGCAUGGCCAAAGAAGAACAAUUUGUCUGCAACAAGACUGACUGCAAAAUAUGCUCUGUUGAACAAGAUAGCUGCUGCUAACUGGGUGCCCACCACUCAUUCAAAUAGUGUGGCAACAGGUUUGGCCAGGUUCAUUUAUGCACAUCCAGAUAUAUGUACUCCUGCUGAUGUGCCUUGUGCUAGAGAGGCAGAUUUGUCUUUUGACUACAGGUUGUUUGAAGGAUCACAUGUUGCAGACAUUGCUGGACCAUCUGGCAAGAAAUCUGCUGACACCUCGAGCAAGAAGCAGAUGAUAGCUGAUCUAAAAGAGACAGCAAGGCUCUGGAGGAAAGGAAGCUGUCUUUGGAUCGUGUGA